CGGCGGGCGGGCAGCGGGGCGGGCCCGCGGGACUCGCCGCCUCCCGGCGCCGCGGCGCGGGCUGAGGGGAGCGGGCCGCCCGCCGCCGCCCUCCCGCUCCCUCCUUCUCGGCCGGAGGAAGGCGACAACUCAUGAGCCAGCUCGGAUAUGCCGAACUGCUGGGAAAAACAGCCAGCGGCUUCUUUAGCGGGUGCAGAGCAUGGAGAAUGAUGAACUUCCGCCAGAGGAUGGGCUGGAUUGGCGUGGGGCUGUACUUGUUAGCAAGUGCUGCAGCUUUUUAUUAUGUCUUUGAAAUCAAUGAGACUUACAACAAACUGGCACUGGAGCACAUUCAGCAGCACCCCAAGGAGCCACAGGAAGGAACCACAUGGACACACUCCUUAAAAGUACGACUGCUAUCCCUGCCCUUCUGGCUGUGGACGAUAAUAUUUUUAAUACCGUACUUACAGAUGUUCUUGUUCCUCUAUUCCUGUACGAGAGCUGACCCCAAAACUGUUGGGUAUUGCAUCAUUCCUAUCUGCUUGGCUGUUAUUUGCAAUCGUCACCAAACAUUUGUGAAGGCCUCUAAUCAGAUCAGUAGAUUACAACUAAUUGACACUUAGCUCAACUGCUACUUUCUGUUGCUGGUUUGAAGCAAUUGCAUUUGCUUGAUCUAAUCACAAGACUGAAGUUCUGAGUGAAGGCCGGAAGGGGCCUUUUCUUUCAAACUGAUAAGCAAUGAAGAGAAUGACUGUUUUCUAUUUAAAGCAAACAAGUAAUUACAAAGGUUUUUAAUUGUGGAUCUAUCCAGUGGCCAGAGUGGGAGAGACCUGUGUGUCAUGUGAUGGAAGUAUUCCUCAUUUUGCCUUAAUGAUGCAAAAUUGCAACUCUCCAUCUGAAAUGUCCUGUGGGGAAGCAAGUUUCUGGUCCACAACUUUACUCCUCUGUGCAAAAAAGUGAUUUCCUAUAUGUUUUCCCUUGGAGUGAAAUCAAUGAAAAGAUACUUCUUUUGUGGUAAAUGUAAAAGGAAAAAAGAAAUUAGGAACGUGAUUAUAAAAGCUGCACUUAACGCAAUUCUUUGCUUUUUCUUUUUUUUUUAAUCUACAUCAGUGCUGUUUUAAAUGAAUUUUUAAAAAUAAGUUUAGAUACAAAAACAGGAAGCAAAGAAUAAAGUUUGUGCAAACCUUUAAAGGGAAAAAGUACAUUUUUUUCUGUGGUAGGCUACUUCUUUUCAGUCACAACAGUCCCACACUGUAGUAGGCAGGCAGUGAGGAAUGGCAUAGGCCUGGAGGUUGAUGUUUUAAACUGCUCCUACAACAUCAAAAGCAGUCUAUGCUGGCAUUGGCUUGUAGUCUGCACAAAAAUUCUUUUGUGUUUCCUUCUCCUAUCAUCUUGCUUGAUAAAAUUACAAAUUACUGAAAUUUAUGACCAUUCCAGUUUCACUCCAGACAUCAUGGGAAACUGUGCUCCAAGAGAACUGAUAUAUUAGGAAAAACUUUGAAUUUGGGAAAGUUAACUGUUUGGGAGAUGCUACUAACAGGUUGUAAGACAGAUAAUCAUGUUUCUUCCAGAAAUUCAAAGAAGUAAGGUACCUUCUCAUUCUUGUAAUGAAUGUAAAUUUCUUCAGUCAUACUGAAAUUCCAUUGAGAUUUCUUUGCCAUAGUUUCAACCUCUAUUUUUCAGUGCUAUUUUGGAAUAGCAUGUUUUGAAUAAGACUGAAUCUGUUCUUUCUUUCUGUCCAUUUUUGUUUCUUCUGAGAGCUAAAUUUUUGUCCCAGCCAUGAUGGAAGUAACAAAUAUGAAAACAGUGCAAGAUACACUUCUCAGAAGCAGUAGGCUCAAAAGAAUUACGAGCUAAACUCCUUGCCUAUAAUUUCAACUGUAUGUGAUUGUCCAUAUCUAAUCAUCUCAAAUGCUAAUCUAUUUCUGACUGCUUUAAUGGAAUCCUGGAGAGUUGUCUUUCUCUUCCUUUGGAAAGAGAACACUAUUUUCACUGUUGCUGUGUUUAAGCAUGGCAGUUCCAAUACCUUAAACUUUCUGUUUGCACUUGGAGAUACUUUGAGACACUGGUUUCAAUCGUCAGCAUUGGUGCUAGGACCUGAAAACAAUGUAGCCUUUGCAAGAAGGGUUUGAGUUCUAAGUGCAAUAUGAAAAGGAAGAAGCUGCCAUCUUAGUGUGCUGGAGUAAGAGUAAAUUAUAAACUCUGAUGAGUAGUUAGUAUCUUGGGGAGUCAGAGCUUUUAAGUUGUGUUGUUUCUCAACUUUUAAAAUCACCAUGCUAUUUAUCUAUAAAAUAAAAACUUUUCAAUGUUUAUAAACACAA